AUUCGCACCUGGAAAACGAAGAGUUUUAAAACCUCAUCAGAACGACAUGAUCUCAAACAAACGGCGGUGAUGCUUCAUCCUGCAAAAGCCCGCGUGAGAGACGCAUCAACCGCGAGCUUCGUGCGUCUUGCCAAGCACCGGGCGCAAUGUCAUCGUCCUCGGCAGCCACCAAUGGCGCAUUUAUCGCACUUGAGAUGGCAGACCACAGCCGCAGUCGCGCAAUCUCUUAAUGAACCUAUACCCGUGCGACCGAGAAGCCUUGCCAUCCCCUCCGACGCUCGGUUCAACGAAAUAGGCGUGCAACAAGUUAGUGCCCGUAUAUAUGAUCAGGUUUUCCCGAUAGGUGGCGAGAAACCACCAGAAGAACUGGUGAAGCUAUCGAAAGACCACCUGACUCGCCAUGAUCUCCUCGGAAAGAAUACCGACAACAAUGCGCCGAUUGCAUUUGACGUGCCCAAGCUACAGGGCCAGACCUUAGAUGAGCAUUUUUACAAAUUAGGCAUUGACUGCGCCGAGCCAUUCCUGUCAAAGGCGAAAGAGUUCGCGAGACAGAAUGUGCCCCCUCGACCGAAAAAAUGGGUGAGGCAAAGUGGUUGGACGAAAUAUUACCCCGACGGGCAGACAGAGCGCCUCGAGUCGCCUGAUGCCGAUAUGCUAUGUUUCGACGUCGAGGUUAUGUGGAAAGAAAGUUCCUUCGCCGUUAUGGCAUGCGCAAUGAGCCCAACAAAUUGGUACGCAUGGCUAUCACCCUGGCUACUAGGCGAAUCCGAGUCAGAUAGACAUCUGGUUCCAUUAGGCGAUCCAACUAAGGACCGAAUUAUCGUUGGUCAUAAUAUUGGAUAUGACCGAGCGAGAAUCCUGGAGGAAUACGACUUGAAGCAAACGAGAAACUCAUUCCUUGACACUAUGUCGUUGCACGUUGCGGUUAAUGGCAUGUGUUCGCAACAACGACCAACGUGGAUGAAGCACAAAAAGAGUAGGGAACUUCGGGAUAAGAUUGCCAAAGAAACGGACAACAUCGAACUAGCAAACCUAUUGGCGAACAAUCGAGAAGAUGAAGAAGAACUCUGGGUCGAGCGCAGCUCGGUGAAUUCUCUUCGCGACGUCGCCAAGUUCCAUCUAAACGUCACUAUCGAUAAAGCAGCUCGAGACCACUUUGGGGAGUUGGAUCGAGAGGGUAUCUGCGGCAAGCUAGACGAGCUGCUCGACUACUGCGCAGCAGAUGUGGCGGUUACUCACAGAGUUUACGGCAUUGUGUUUCCUAAUUUCCUUGGAGUCUGUCCUCACCCUGUCAGCUUUGCCGCAUUACGACAUUUAUCAUCCGUAAUUCUUCCUGUCAAUAAGUCCUGGGAUGAGUAUGUUGCCAACGCAGAGGCAACUUAUCACAGACUAUCUAACAACGUCCAAGAACGUCUAGUGUCACUUGCAGAGAAGGCAUUGGAAGUCAAAGACGAUGCCGAAAAAUGGAGUAAUGACCCCUGGAUGAAGCAAUUGAACUGGUCUGGCCAAGAAAUUAGGAUGGUCAAAGGAAAGAAGAAGGACGACCCCCCUAGGCCUGCUGCUCGUCAGAAAAAGCCGGGAAUGCCGAAAUGGUAUAAGGAUCUAUUCCCGAAGACCGAUGCACCCAUCAACCUCACGGUCAGAACUCGAAUCGCACCACUCCUGCUCCGACUUACGUGGGAUGGUUAUCCCUUGGUCUGGUCUGAUAAAUAUGGCUGGACUUUCAAAGUGCCGCUUUCAGAUAUGGCAAAAUAUAGUUCGACGCAACUUGUCCGAUGCGACUUCUCGGAUGAACGUAUAGAGGCCUUGAAGAAUGACAUGGACGCGCUGUAUUUCAAGUUACCUCACAAAGAUGGCCCUGCUGCGAGGUGUUCGACCCCGUUAGCUAAGAGUUACCUUGUAUACUUUGACAAGGGGACUCUAUCGUCGGAAUAUCCACUGGCAAAAGAGGCUCUCGACAUGAACGCGUCCUGUUCUUACUGGAUCAGUGCUCGGGACAGAAUUCAGUCUCAAAUGGUCGUCUACGAAAAGGAGAAGUUUGGGGAUGGACAGAAGCUAAAUGGAGAACACGACAAUGAUAAUGGUUACAUCUUGCCACAGGUUAUUCCCAUGGGCACUAUCACUCGAAGAGCGGUCGAAAAUACUUGGUUGACCGCUAGCAACGCGAAGAAAAACCGGGUUGGUUCUGAAUUGAAGGCAAUGGUUAAAGCACCGCCAGGCUAUUGUUUCGUGGGUGCCGAUGUUGACUCUGAAGAAUUAUGGAUUGCCAGCGUAGUUGGAGACGCCACUUUCAAACUCCACGGUGGCAAUGCUAUCGGCUUCAUGACUCUCGAAGGCACAAAAGCCGCAGGAACCGACCUUCACUCCCGCACAGCUUCCAUCUUGGGCAUAACGCGUAAUGACGCCAAGGUUUUCAACUACGGUCGAAUUUACGGAGCUGGGCUCAAGUUCGCUGCUACCUUACUCAGGCAGUUCAACCCUAACCUCUCAGAGCAAGAAACGAUAGACGUCGCCGGAAAAUUGUAUGCCGCGACGAAGGGCGCGAAGACCAAUAGGAAAGCACUUUGUAAACGACCUUUUUGGAGAGGUGGGACGGAGUCAUUUGUCUUUAACAAACUCGAGGAGUUCGCGGAACAAGAACGCCCGCGGACGCCAGUUCUCGCCGCUGGAAUCACCGAGGCACUAAUGGGGAGAUAUAUUAGCAAGGGAGCUUAUCUGACCUCUCGCAUCAAUUGGGCAAUUCAGUCAUCGGGAGUGGAUUAUCUUCAUCUUUUAAUUGUUUCGAUGGAUUAUUUAAUUCGGCGUUUCAACAUUGACGCUCGUCUCGCUAUCAGUGUCCAUGACGAAAUUCGUUACCUCGUCAAGAACGAAGACAAAUAUAGGGCCGCUAUGGCGCUUCAAAUUUCUAACCUUUGGACGCGAGCGAUGUUCUCGCAACAAGUAGGCAUCGAUGACCUACCGCAAUCAUGUGCCUACUUCUCUGCGAUUGAUAUUGAUCAUGUUCUUCGCAAGGAGGUGGAUAUGGAUUGCGUAACGCCCAGCCACAAGACACCCAUUCCACCCGGCGAGAGCAUCGAUAUAAUUGCAUUACUCGAGAAAGGAGAUAAAGCGUAUCUCGACCCAGGUAUCGUCCCAGCGAAACACGCCCCACAAUUAGAGGGCAUAGUGUACACGGGUAGGACGCCUGUUAUGAAGCAGCUAAACGACUCCGAAGACCGCAAGGAUCUCAGCUUUUUAAGAGCCCAGAUUUCAAGCGACGACAAAGAGCUCAGGGAAAUUCUCAAGGACCAGAGGAAGGCAUCUGGCGGCGGGUCGACUAGUGGGGCAGCAAGAAAACCCAGGCAGAAGAAACUGGUUCCGUAUAGCUCGCAUGCUCAGCUCAUACCGCAUAUGUACCGGCCGUUCGAGGCGAAGUUUACGUCGAAGAAAGACUUCAAGGAAGAGUCUUGGACUUUCGAGGGCAUGCCGCCGCCGCCGCGCUCCUGGAGAGGUAGCGGGCCGAGACUGUGAUGUUCUAUGCUAUCUAUCACUGCUGUUGACACAGCGUUAUUUUCUUUUUACAUAUCGUCAUUGUGCUGUAAUAUUGGUUAUGGGGGUAUGCGGCAUGCGGCAUGACCUCAGGGGGGCGGCAGCAUAUUAAAAAUGGUACCAAAAAGCGGCGUUUGGGAGGCGGUCCUUACGGAGUAUGUAAUGACUUGAAGCCCUAUGCCAUAAUGUGUCUAUGUAUUUCAAAAUUCGAAUCAUUACUAUUACCCCCUUUUCC